CGUUCCAUUUGAUAGACGUCAUUGAAAUCAAACAAACACCUCUUGCAGAUUAAUUCCUUAUUUCCUCAUAUUUAAGAACAAAAGUACAAUAAUUCCACAUAUUUAUAAUGCUAGUUUUAGUUUUGGGAGAUUUGCACAUUCCACAUAGAUGUAGUAGUUUGCCAGCAAAAUUCAAAAAACUCCUGGUACCAGGAAGGAUACAGCAUAUUUUGUGUACAGGCAAUUUGUGCACAAAGGAAUCCUACGACUAUUUAAAAACGCUGGCCGUAGACGUUCAUGUUGUCAGAGGAGACUUUGAUGAUAACAUCAAUUAUCCCGAACAGAAAGUGGUGACUGUUGGGCAGUUCCGAAUCGGACUGUCGCAUGGGCAUCAGGUGGUGCCGUGGGGCGAUCCUGAGGCAUUAGCUCUUGUGCAGCGACAGUUGGAUGUCGAUAUUUUGAUAUCAGGUCAUACUCAUAAGUUCGAAGCUUAUGAACAUGAAAACAAAUUUUACAUCAAUCCAGGCAGUGCCACUGGCAGUUACAAUGCUUUAGAUAUGUCUAUCACACCCUCUUUUGUCCUUAUGGACAUACAAAACACUACAGUUGUAACGUAUGUUUACCAGCUUGUAGGGGACGACGUAAAGGUAGAAAGAAUUGAGUAUAAAAAAAAUUGAUUUGGCCACCCAAGUCCCUUUUCAAACGCGAAUAUUUCUUAUUAUUGAUAAUUGAAGAUUAAAGGUAUAAUUUAUUAGGUACACUUUAUACGAGGAAAAUUAUUUAUUAAAGGACACUCCAUUAAUGUUAUACACCGCUUAUGUUACACCAAAAGAAUAAAUUUUUAUUUACAGCUUAAAA